CAGUCUAAGCGUUGGUGGAAAGUUUAUGUGGGUAGACAGCAUCCUGAUAAAGGCACUCAAGGAGGGAUGUUGGCUGCUUGCAGAUAAUGUGAACCUGUGUUCGCCAGCUGUUCUGGACCGAUUAAACGCUUUGAUGGAGCCUGGAGGAAAACUUGUAGUUGAUGAACUUGGUGUGAAUGCUGAUGGAAGGGUUGUUUCCAUUGAACCGCAUUCAAAAUUUCGUCUUAUUAUGACAAUGGAUCCACAUCAUGGAGAAAUUUCAAGGGCAAUGAGAAACCGUGGUGUGGAAAUAUUUAUACAAACAGAAGAGGAUUUUAGGAACUUAGAUGAAUUGUCAAUUCUUUUUAGAUGUGGAAUAAAAAAUUAUCACCACCAAAGUGCAUUAUUGGAUGUUCAUCAUGCUGUCUGUAGCAUGCUUGGAGUUUCAGAUAAAACACUCAACCUCUCAAGGCUAGAACAGACAGCUUCAUUACUGUGGCAUCAACUUGCACGAGGCCACAAGGCACUGACAUCUCUCCCCGCUGCAUGUUACGAUGUUUACACUCGCGCUGUGGGCAGCAGUCAGUCCCUUCGGGCCAGCAUCCAACAAGUCCUCGUGGAGAAGCUGUCGCGGUACAGGAGCUUCCUGAAACACAGCACUCGGGAAGACACUUUUCUUCCACUGUCAGUACUCGCGAGCCCUGCGCCACUGCUUACUACGAACAGCGUUUUCACUGGACUGAAGGGCUCUGCUGCUGCUGUUUUGACAGUAGCAGCAAAUGUGGAGUUGAGUAGUGAAACAAUUUCCAUGGUGACAGGUGUCGAUGUGGCACAAAAUUCCACAAGCCUUCUUGAAGACCUCGCAUUUGUUCUUUUUUCUAUGAUGUCACACAGAGAAAUGCAAUUGGCUGACAUUUGGCUACUAUACAAAGUUCAGCCCAGUGGAAAUGGAAUUCUUCAGCCUGCUUUUCAAAUGUACCAUAAACUUUCAAUCAAAUGGAGGAGAUUGAUCUGCACUGGAGUUGUGCCGAGACGGUUGGGUGUGGGCCUGCAAGAAGUCGAUAUCUGUGACUGGAAAGAACUUCCGUGGGAUGUACGAUGGUUGCCAUUUGCCCAACAACAGUGCAGUAACAUUAAUCUUAACUGGCAUGCUUACUGUGCCACAGUAAAUAGCAUACAUGUUUUAAAUUAUUUUACCUUCAUCAGUCACCAGAUGGAAAAAAGAAAAGUAAAGCCUUCUAGUCUCACACUGUUGGAUCUCUCGCAGAAGUUCACUAAAGGUGAAGUUGAUUCCGUUCAUUGCCAACAGUUGCUGCUGCAGAAACUCUACUCUUUGGUUACUGCAGUCAACAUUUGUAUUGAGCAAUUGGCAGUAAUGUGCCCAGAAAUGUUCAGUGAUGAUAACAGUUUGGCAGAAAUUAUGAAUUCUGUUACGUGGGUUGAACGUUUCACCCAACAGGGGUAUCAUCCUGUUCCCAAAGGAGGUGUCAGGCCAAGCUCUCUUGAAAUGUUGACUCUGCAUUUUUGCUGGUUGCGAAAGCAUGUCAUUCCGUUAAUUACCAAUGAUAGAUUGUGCAGAAUCAUACCACGUGCACGUGAAGUUCUGCAGAUAGCGAGAAGCCUUAAUGAAGUGUUCUUACAAGGUACAUCAGCUGUUAUCACAAUCAGUCGGCGACUGCGUGACAUUAUAGGGUAUGUUCUUCAUAUGGACUGUGAUCUUCGUGUGAAACUUAACAGGACUUGCGCGAUACUUAGCUGCUGGCAAGAGCACGAAAGAGAAGCACAGAAGCAAUUUGGUGCAGAGUGGAUUAAAGCAUUCUUAACAAAACCAUCAGGUGUAAAAACACGAGAAAAUCUUAUUGAGGCAUAUCGCAUGUUAUGGUCAGAUUGCAGUUCUGCAGAAGUUACACGUUUGUCAGAUGAUGCUAUCAGUAGCUUCUCAGCCGAAGAUGAAGAUGAAGAUGACCAUCGUACAAGUGAUGCAGCAUUUGAAGCAACUACUGUACCUUCAGAAUUGUGGCCAGUCAUGGAAGUACUGUCGCUUCGCUUGGGGAUGGCAGCUCUUGCUGUGUUGUUGCAGAACCCAGACAAAAAGUCGGAGGAGGACAGCAAGGUGGUCGAUGAAGCUGCUAAAUUUUUCUCUCGGUUGCCCAGCACCCCCCUGAAGCUCGCAGCAAUCUACCUGACAGCAAAGCACACAAAGUUACAGGAUGGAACAGUACCUGAGAUGAUCAGAUGGCAGUUAGCACACCUGGUGAAGUCCCUGGCAUGUAAUAAUACUACUGUAAAGUCUGCAGAGAGUUUAGUAGAGGUGGUGGAUUUAGAAGCAGACACCAGUAAGAUAACUUCUUGUCUGCCACAUUACUCUCUGUUGGCCUUACAUAGUUGGAGACUGGUGGAAAAGGCAUUUGGCAUUGGUGCAAAUGGAGACAUGCUGCAAAAUGUUUCACUCAGUGAUUAUAAGGAGCACUGCAUCAGACUGGAGAUGUUGCGUGCAUUUUUAUGGAAAAAUGCCAUUGCACUUGACAGCAGUUACCUUGAUAUUGUGUAUUAUGACGCUUUAGCUUGUAAAGGAACAUUCAGCUGGUUCCUAGAUGCCCUGAUACAUUCAGUGCCAAGCUCAAAUAGUCUGCUUACCAGCAGUCUUUCUAUUAGUGAAAAGAUUGAUACCGCAAGAAAGUUUCUGAGGAUUGCCGAGCCUCAUAGAAAUUAUACAAACAACCUGAAUGGAUGUCUUUCUCUUUGUGAGUCUUUUGAAGACAUAGUGCAGUUUCACGAACAAUUGCAGCAGGAACUCAGUCGCGGAAAAUCUACUGUGCAGAUCAGAAUCACUGCAAUGGCAAGCCAACUUUGGUUUGCAAUGGGCCAAUUUCAGAUGUCAAUAUUUACUCAUCUCGGUCUUGUCGAUCCUGUUAGGAAGAGGACGAUGAAGUUGUCCUAUGCCAAGGAAGAGUUGGAGUUUGUCGAACGUCUUCUCAAAGCGUUUGAGGUAACAGCAAGACUAAAGAGCCGAAACUGGGAAGUUAUUCCAGAUGCUGAGGUGCCACCCUUCAUUCGUACCUUAAGGCUUCUUAAGGCAAUGUUGAACGAAAAAUGCACGAAACUUGAACAACAAAUAUCCACCAGGCCACAGAAUGCUAAGCCUUUCACACUUCUCAGGAAGGAAAUCGAAAACUACAAGUUGAACCUUCAUGGAAAAAUGGGAGAACUUAGUAAGCAACUCUCAGCAGUCACACACAAAUUACUGCAAAAAGAGGCCCAGAAUGGUAUGACACAGGGAAUCCCAGAAAACAGAAUGUAUGACAUUUUGAGUAUAAGAAGGGAGGCAGUUGAUGUGAUUGACACGGCAUUCGGUAUGCGAGAAUCGCAGCAAGCAUUUACUGCCAGGCUUCAGAAUAUGUAUGGAGACCACUACCCAGAUCUUGUGACUCCUAUUCUGUUUGCUCUUACUCAGGUUUCAUAUGCCAUUGAAGUACAGUGCAGUGUGAUCCAUAAACUUAUUGAACCAAAUGAUGAUACUUGGAAACUGCUUUGUUAUCCUUCUAUUGGUACUGUUUAUCAAACAGUCAAUGAAAUUCUAUUGAAGUCAAGCUCAGGAAGUGACUGGAGUUUUCAGCAGUGCAUGGCUAGCUUGCAUGACCUCGGAUGUCUGAUGUCUGUUAUGGGUAACUACAAUGAUAACUGCAGGAAAGUAUGGGCACAUUUACAUAACCAUCUGAAAUAUGUUGUGUCCAUUUGGAAGAAACAGGAUGAUGAAAAAACGGUUUCGUGAGAAGGAGAAAGAAGCAUCUUUAUGUACACAAGAGUACUGUAUCAGAAGAACAACAAAAUGAAGAGGAGCUAAAUAAACUCUUUCCAGUGUGGAGCACUCAAGACUUUUCAGAAUUCCAGCCACAAAGCCUUGAACAAAGCAGGCCAGUUUCAGAUAGCG